CAGUUUCAUAAGUCAACCUUUGCUGCAUAGUUCCAACCGGAUUCUAUUGAUGCUUGAGCUGGCUAAAUUCUCAUUGGCUCAAAAAACAAUAUACAAGCGCAUAACUUCGUGCGCAAUACAUUUCAUCUCAUUCUUGCCUUAACGUUGGAGAAGUUAACGUUGUUCGAGAGAACCUGACGAGCGUCAACAUGAAGGGUUUUAUCUUGCUGGUGCUGGGAAUAGGCCUUCUACAUACAGCAUCUGCUGCCACCCACUCUCUGAAAUACUUCUACACAGCAGUCUCAGGUGAUAUUGACUUCCCAGAGUUCACCAUCGUUGGUCUGGUCAACAAUGGCCAGUUUGUGUACUAUGACAGCAACAUAAAGAGGAUGGUCCCCAAGACUGAGUGGAUGAAGCAGAGCGCAGGAGCAGAUUACUGGGACACGGAGAGUGAGAAGCAAGUUGGUCAAAAUCAAGGCUUCAAAAACAACAUUCAAGUGCUAAAGGAUCGCUUCAACCAGUCCAUGUCCACAGGUAUGUGCACACAGACAGUCAAUGCUCUUUUUCACACAAUGAUUUAUUGUGAUGUACAGUACAUACAGUCUUAAUAGGCAAUAGAUAAA